UAUUUCGUGGUGUUUCUGAUGCGAAACACUUGCUUGUUAACUGAACGCAUGCGUUAUUCUCAGUUACUUAGCAACACAAAUCAACAAAACAGAACGGCACCAUAUUUUCUAGUUUGACUAGUAUACGUUUUACGAUAAUGUACAAAGUUAAAAUACUGUUAAUCGGGCCUGUGAAGAGUGGGAAGUCAACAAUAGCCAAUUUCUUGUCAGAGGCUGCAGACACAAUGUCUAAUGACUACAGAGCAACUCGGGGUGUCAGGAUUCUUGAAUUUGAAUCACCAAAUGUAAAUGUAAAUGGAAAAUUUGUAACCUCUGAUGUUGAGCUUUGGGACUGCAGUGGGAAUUUAAAGUUUCAGCAGCAUUGGCCUGCCCUACAAUAUGAAACUAAUGGUGUGGUGCUUGUGUAUAAGCCAACUGUGAAUGAACAUGGCCAGCUGUUAGAAAUGUUUUACAAUUACUUUGUGAUACAGAGUGGUCUUUCAGCAAGGAGUUGCAUGGUCCUCGCAAAUGUUGGCUCUGAUGCUGAGCGCGAUUCCAGACAACACAUUAAACUCCCAGCAGAUACAUUUAGCAAAGUGCUGCAAAUAAUAGCUGAUGUUGAUGGAAGUGGCAAUCGCUUGAGAACAGAUUUUGGAAUUUUUUUGUCAAAUGUAUUUAGUGGAAUGAGAGAGAAACAUGAAGAGGAGGAACUAAAUGUAAUGAAUGUGCAAGCAGUGUGACAACACAGAAGUACUAGCAAAAUAUGUAUUUUUAAGCCUCCAUGUUACAAACAUGAAAUCAAGUAAUAACAAAAUAAAUCUUAAAGAGAAUUUAAAAUGCUUCUGUUACUUCCCAUCCAUGAAAUUUUUAAGUCUCUGUACCAUUUUGUUGACAUACUUGAUGCUAUGUGUGUUUUGCUAAUAUUUAGUAUUGUCUAUUUUUCUGUGAAUGCUACCAUUUUUAGGCAUUAAACGUGAAACAAAGAACUUCGAAGCUUAACUUUUACCAUUUGCCUAUCUCAAUAUAUUCCGUAAGUGUGGCCUAACAGCAGUCUCGUAUGAUAUAAAGCUGAAGGAUGCCUAUUGGCAAUGACAGCAAACCACAAAGAAUAAUAACAACAGAUGAACGACCUUUUUUGUGUGUUAUUUCAUUUAACAUAUGCCUGCAAAUUGACAGGGAGUAGAUUUCACUAAGCUUUAUCGGAUACGGAAAAAUUGCAGAAAGAGAUGUACGAGCAUAAUCUGCCACCUCUAGGCAAUGAAGUGUCUUAUUUGUAGUCCACUUGUGAGUACAUCCUCACAUCCUCUCUAACAUAAGACACAAAACUAAAUAUCAGCAACAGAGUAAUUAACUAAAUGGCUGUUGGUCACUGCAGGUGACAGCUGAAAACUGCAAAAUUAAAUAUUUUUUUUUUUUUUUUUUAGUUGACUGGGUAUUUUUUAUAAACGGUCACUGCAGGUGACAGCUGAAAACUGCAAAAUUAAAUUUUUUUUUUUUAGUUGACUGGGUAUUUUUUAUAAACUGUAGUAAGCUUUACAGUUUUGUUCCAGUUCUGAAGUAGAAUGUCGAUACGUUUUGAGAGAAUAUUUGUUUUCUACCAACAGGAUACGAGUUAACAAAGCAGUACAGAAGAAUGAUUUCAGAGUGCAAGUACAAGAAGAACAAUCCUAUAACCAGUUCAUAAUUCUGAGAAUCUGUAAGAUUAAUCUAAAUUCUCAGUUUACAGCACCCUUCAUCAUUUGCUACAGAAAACAUAAGUUGUUAUUUGUCUUUGCUGUCAGUGUCAAUAAAGUGCCCUCAAGGUAAAUACUGCAGCAGGUAAAUACUGCAGCAGGCAAAUACUGCAGCUAAAUAAAAUUACAUUUUAAACAACAUCUUGUGAGUGUUAUUUUGUUGACUACUGUUGAGGAAUCUUUGUUUGCAAUGUUAUUGAGUCCUGAGAAUGCUAGUAAUAGAACUGGAGCCUGUGUACAUUUUGACUAGUACCUGUUCCAUGAAGAGUGUAGCUACAAGAAUAAAGUUUAAAAAUCUCUUCAUUUUGCUACAUGACACUAGCAUUUUAUCGGUCCAUUAAAAAUGUAAUGUUCGGUUUCCAUUUAACACUUCUCUCUUCAACUUAAUUUACAUAUGUAUUUUCCAAUAAUUUGCAAUGUUUUAAUAUAAGAAAGAUUUUUAUUUACACAAUUUAAAAUAAAUCCUAGCUUUUUCUUUGAUAGAUUGCUGAGGUAGUCACAUUUUAUAACAAGUAUUUUCUGUUCUUUUAGGAUACAUGCAAACAUAACAUCCUGCACUCAAACAGAACUAGGAAAUACAGUAAUCACUCCUAAUCAGCAAUAUGCAGAACACAACACACAGAUAACAAUUACAUUCCUGUUUUAAUACAUUAUAUAUAACUCAUGAUAUGCCAACAAAUAAUGAAUAUUUUUCAUUGUACAAGAAGAUGAAAAUUCUAGUAAAAAUUUGUAGCAUCAAAAAUAUAUUGCAACAACUAACUCUCAGUCUUAACAGUAAACAAAUUUUGUAUCUAAUCUGUUGACGCACACUUCGACAAAUAUACUGGUAAAUAUACAUUGCCUAAAAAGCUCUAAGUUUUGUUACUUAAACUAUCUACAUUGCCAAAUCAUUUAACACAGGGUAUGCUGUUACAAAUCAAUAAUAAUUAAUCUACAGAAUUAUUGACAUAACUGUGUGACUGACUGUUAGGAGAACUUAGAGGAGCGUGUUAUCUGGAACUUAUCACUGCACCUGAGUGCUGUCUUACCUUCAUAUGAGAAUAAAUUUAAAACUGAAAAAAAUAUGAAAUUAUAAUACACUGUGCACCAUCUGGGAAUACUAUUUUCCAUUUGUCAGUCACAUUGUUAUUUCAAUUGUUCUGUACUGCCUGUAACUUGAUAUCCCCUAAAACAUUUUUCCACUGAUCUUAGUCACAUAUAAAAUUCAAAACACAUAUCCAAGGCACAACAUCAAGUGUUUUCCAAAUAUGCGUUUUCCAGCAUUUAUAUUUUUUAAUUUUUUUUUUUUAAAGGAAGAACAGUCUCUGCAAUUUGUACAAGAAGAAUUUACAAGUAAAGAUUACACUGUAUUUUCAUUCAUCACAAAGCAAUAGCACACAAACACACACGCCCUUCGAGCUCAAUUCAAACUGAUUCUUGUAAUGUCCUUGCCAGAAAGAAUAAUUUUUUUGGAAGAUCGUAAACAUUCAGCUGCCUAUUCCAGCUCACUCUGAAUAAGCAUUACUUAUGUAUACCACUUGUAUGAUUAUUUUGCACAUUUAUAACAUGAAUAGAAAAUUUAACAAUCUAUCACAGGACCAGAUGAGCACCACCUUUAUUACGAAGAAAUUGAAUGAUGAAAUCUGGGACUCUCACAAUAUUUAGUAUGCCUACAAAGACUGGAGUGUCCCUGAACACACCUGUUGUAUAUUUAGAUUCUAAAUACCCAGUGAGAUCAUCAAAAAUAGACACUAUAAGUAAAAAACUCUGUCUGUGUGAUCAUAGUAAAAAGAACUGUAACAAAGAUAUCCACACAAUGACAACAACAACAGGUGAACCACAUAUACAACCACAAAAAUGUGCUGCACAUAUGUAGACUAUAUGUACCUUGUAACAAUGUCCAAUGUAGUUUAGUAAAUUUUUCCAUACUGUUAACAGCUGAUAUCAAAAUCUCAAAACCAAAACAUUACUACUGGAAUUUAAUAUCUCCAUAUAUAAAACAAUCUUUAUGUUCGUGUGUAGUGAUAGCAGCACAGUAAUCAGUUCUGCAACAUAUUUUUUCCCAUGAAAAAAAAAAUACCAGUAACAUGAAAUUGUGAGUAUGAACAAACAACAAUGAAGAAGCACAAAAAUUUAUUCCUACUUUUUAUUGAAACUAUAGCAUAUUCUCUUGGGAAACGAAAUAAAAGAUGAAGUGAAGUAGAUAAAUUAUAAAUGACAAGAUUAUUAGGAAAUGACAUGCACUAAUUGAACAAUGAACAAACUUCAGAAUAAAAAUUAAUUACAAUUUGUCGGUCAUAGGCCUUGAAAAUAACUUGGCAAUAACAGAACAGUCUGAGGUGGAUCAUUCUGAUGAGUUGAGAGAA